AUGGCUAGACCCCAACAACGCUACCGAGGUGUACGCCAGAGGCACUGGGGAUCUUGGGUCUCUGAAAUUCGCCACCCUUUAUUGAAAACUAGGAUAUGGCUAGGAACCUUUGAAACAGCAGAAGAUGCAGCAAGAGCAUAUGAUGAAGCAGCUAGGCUCAUGUGUGGCCCAAAAACACGCACUAAUUUCCCAUACAACCCCAAUGAGCCACACUCAUCUUCAUCUAAGUUUCUCUCAGCUACUUUAACAGCCAAGCUUCAUAAGUGUCACAUGGCUUCCCUUUCCCUUCAAAUGGCAAAGCAGAAACCAGCACAGAAAGAGCCUCAAGCAAUAUCAUCACAGAGGUCCAAUCCAUUUGCCUCUGGCAAUGCCAUUGCUGGAACAAGCUCUGAACCUUGUUUUAGAUGGCUAGAAGGGAAUUGGGUUGGCGUGGAAGGCAAAGUUGAAGUUUCUCAGCAACAAUUUCAACCAGUUCUUGAAGAUGAUCACAUUGAGCAGAUGAUACAGGAGUUGCUUGAUUAUGGGUCAAUUGAGCUUUGCUCUGUUGGUUCAGCUUAG